UCCUCCUCCUCUUCCAGUCUUGUGAGAAACAAGAUAAACUAAAGGGGUGUUAAGUUGCUUUUAUAGCCGAGAAACUAACAAGAGAACAGUUUCACAUCGGCUCCAAACCGUCCUCUCGGCCCAUGUUGUUUAACUUUGCUGCUUGUCAUCGAAGAAAUGGCCACAAAAAAACAGACACGCUCAAAAGAUUAAAGAGGAUAUUGAAAGUUGAGGAUCUGUCAGAAUCACAACUUUACUCCAAGAUGAGUCCUGUCCUUCAUCAUAUUCCGUCGAUCUUCACCAUCAUUGACACUGUAUUGUGUCCCUAUAACUUUAGUAACUUCGCAGUGAGCCAACAAAGUGUGACUCCAGAUCUCUGAUUAUGUGCUUGUGAUGAUACACAGGCUGCCUUUUCCAUAUCCCAUACCUAUUGUCUGAAACAAGGACACAUCUUUCAAUUCAGACCCUGUCCUCCUGAACCCACCUUCCUCCAUUUUAGUUUCUGGGCCAUGUUUCGCAAGAGAGGCUCUCUCAUUCUUUGUGGUACGUUCCUGUUUAUCACCUGGAAUGCCAUACUGGUGCUUCUGCUGUGGGGCAGGCCAUCACCCAGCCAGCCGGGCGGAGAGCACGGAGAAGUGGCUGAAAGGCCCACUAAUGAUAUGAUGGAAGAUGUGCUCCGAAUGGCAGACACGUUUGAGGCAGAGCUUGAAAUGCAGAAAGAAAUCCUGAUGCAGAUCAAGAAUCAGCAGGCACUGUGGGAGCCGUCAAACGGAAACGGACCGAAGGUUGUCGUCCAACGUCAGCCUGUCAUUCCCGUGCUGGUAAUCGCCUGUAACAGGGUCACCGUUAGGCGCUGCUUGGACAAACUCCUGGAGCUCCGUCCUUCAGCAGACCUUUUCCCAAUCAUAGUGAGUCAGGACUGUGGAAACGCCGAAACUGCUGAGGUGAUCCGUUCUUACGGAAAUCAAGUAGUUCAUCUGAAACAGCCGGACUUGUCAGAUAUCGCUGUGCGACCAGAACAUAAGAAGUUUCAGGGUUACUACAAAAUCUCCAGGCAUUACCGCUGGGCUCUUAACCAAGUGUUCAAGACCCUUUCUCAUUCCUCCGUUGUGAUUGUAGAGGAUGACCUUGAGGUGGCGCCAGACUUCUUUGAGUACUUUCAAGCGUUGCUGCCACUCCUGAAAUCUGACCCCAGUCUGUGGUGCGUGUCGGCCUGGAAUGACAAUGGCAGGGAUGGCUACGUGGAUCCAGGAAAGGCUAAGCUGCUCUACAGGACAGACUUCUUUCCAGGUCUGGGGUGGAUGCUCCUUAGGGAGCUGUGGGAGGAGCUGGAGCCCAAGUGGCCCGCUUCAUUCUGGGAUGACUGGAUGCGUCAGCCAGAGCAGCGCCGCAACCGUGCCUGUAUACGUCCAGAGAUCUCACGAAGUUUAACCUUUGGCCGGAAAGGAGUGAGUCUGGGUCAGUUUUAUGACAAGUACCUGCGAUACAUUAAACUGAAUACCGAAUUUGUGCCUUUCACCAAGUUAGACCUGAGUUACUUGAAGGAGGAGACAUACAGAGAACAUUUUGAGAAGGAAGUUUACAGUGCUCCUGUGGUUACAUAUGAAGAUGUUAAGCAGGGGCAGCUAAAAGGAACUGGGCCCUUUCGCCUUCAAUACUCAAGUAAGGACAGUUUCAAAGUGCUGGCCAAAAACCUGGGAGUGAUGGAUGACUUGAAGUCUGGAGUCCCAAGGACAGGAUACAGAGGAGUUGUCAGCUUUAUCUCAAGAGGAAAGAGAAUCUACUUGGCCCCUCCUCCAGGAUGGACCCAGUAUGAUCCCACCUGGAGCUGAUCAUCCAGAGGAAAGUGUAUGUGCAUAAGCCUUUUUGUAAUCUCUGAUUGUCAGUUGGGGAAAACAUUCCAGACCAAAGACUGAUGUCCUUAAAGUUUCUCUUUGAGCGAAUGAUAUACAGUAUAAGUCUUUAAUAAUGCUGAAUGGAUUGCCUCUCUUUCUGGUGUGCCAAUGCUACUCAGGUCUUUUUCAUUAUUCCAAAACAAUCUUAUAGUGUAGGAUACAGCCUGUCCUGAACAGUUUGUUAGACAAGACUGCUGUAAUUCACCAGAUAUCUAUUUUUAUAUUCUGCUAAUUGUGCACAUGACAUCCAUUAAUGUAUUCAAUGCAAUUACCUAAUUUGCCACUUUUGUUUAAAUUAUUUGCAGUUAAUUGUAGUCUAUGUGAACUGUUUAUGUCUGGUAUAAAUAUGAAAAUUAUAAUCUGUGGUAUGGUUGCUUAUGGUUGUGGUGACUGGUCAUAACUGCAGUAUAAUCUGUCAUUUUUUUUUAUCAUUGCCUUCUAUUAAAAAAUCUGUUCUUCCAGCUUUCAUUUUAAUAUAAAAUAAUUUUGUUGAAUGAUUCUCCAAUGUAGUACACCUUGCAGGUUUGUAACCUAGCUGAGUUUGUAUAUUUUUGGCAUUAAAAAAAACUAUUUGCUUUUUGA